UAUAGAGAAGUUUAUCAAAGAGUUCAAUAGAAAAUAAAAAUAAUUUUUUUAAAGUGUUUUUUAAUAUAAUAAAAAAAAAAAGAAAAUAAUUAAUUUUAUUGUGAAAUUAUUUGUUGGAUUUUAAAGAUAAAGAAAAAUAUGUCUUCUGAGUAUUCAUUCUGCAGUGAAAAUGGAUUUGAUGAAAUGUCAAGUUCAUCAGAUUCUGGUUUUGAUGUUAGUUUUGAAUCAUCAAAACAUGAUAUUAAUGGAGAACAAGUAUUUCAACAAACUAAAGAUGAAAAAAAGAAAAAAACAAGAAAUACACGUUGUAAAAGUCCCCAACAGGUACUUCGUUUAAAAAGAAAUAGAAGAAUGAAAGCAAAUGAUCGUGAACGUCAUAGAAUGCAUACAUUAAAUGAUGCAUUAGAACGUUUAAGAAUGACAUUACCAACAUUUCCAGAAGAUACAAAAUUAACAAAAAUUGAAACAUUAAGAUUUGCACAUAAUUAUAUUUGGGCAUUAUCACAAACACUUGGUAAUACUGAUAAUGGUGAAAUAACAGUUAAUGUUGGUAAUGUAACAGUUAGUAUAAGUGAUAGUGGAAAUAUGAUAACAUCAUCAACUGGUAGUUGUGCUGUUGCUGCACAAAAACGUCUUGGUCCUGGUUUAACAACAUAUCCAUAUCCACAAGAAAGAUUUAUGCCUGAAUGGCAAGAAUAUGAUUGUUAUAGUGAUCAAAGUGUAUCACCACCAGUACAAUAUCAAAAUUGUUAUGAUCAUGGAAUGUAUAAUCAUCAUCAACAACAUCAAAUGAUGCCACAACAACAUUUUAUGGGACAUCAAAGUAAUAUGUAUCAGUGUCUUUGAAAUUUUUUAAAGUGAUUUUAUAUAUAUAUUUUUUUUUUCUCUUAGUGUCAGUGUUAAAUAUCAACUUUUCAAACAAUUAUGUUAAUUAUUAUUUCUUGUAAUUUUUAAGUCAAACAGU